AUGACAACCCUGAAGGACUCAUCGAUAUCAGCAGCCACGACAGGAGGAGUGGCGGGGCAGACAAUGCUGCCCAGCACCUGCGGCGAGGAAACGGAUCUGCCUGGCGUGCCACGCGUUGGUUGCGUGGCUGUCAUCUCCUACAAGCCCCACAGCCUACACGGCUUUUCGGCCUGCGUGGUCGGAAUGGCCGACGGAAUCGCCAUUCUUGGCCCGGAUCUCACCCAGCGGCGCUAUGGUUGCCACCGCCUCCUCACGCGGCUCCUUUGGCGACCGGUAGCACCGCUUGAGGGCGGAGGAGGGCGGUCAAACGCCACCGCGCGCGAGGGCGAGAGCGCGGCCGUAUCUUGCAGUGGCACCGUCAUACUGCCGCACACGAACGGAAGCUGUGCCAGCAUUGUCGCUGUCACCGCCUGCCUCGUCGCAGGUGAGGAUGGGAACGGUGCCCAUGCGGCGCAGGAAAUUUCCAAGGACGACACGAUCGCUAUUGUGGUUGCCUGGUCCGAUGCCACGCUGCAGCACCAUAUAACGGUCCUCAUGGCUCAGUUGCGGUGUAUCCUGGCGCCGUCCUCGGCACGGAGCGUCGGCAGUGGCGGCGGACACGCGGAAGCAGAGCUGGUGCAUGUGGUGGCUCAUGAUGCCCUACCCUUGUGCCCGAUGCAGUCUGUGCUCCGUUUGUUUUACCACCCUUCUAUGGCAGUUUCCAAAAACAAGACGGCCCCGAAUCAUGUUGUGAUGUGCUCUGUAUACUCCCCGCUAGGCUCGACAACGCUGUCUGCGGGGCACUUCGGCCAGUCCGACGCAGGGGCCGGCACCAACAGCACGCCUGCCAGCACAGUUGUGAAGCAGUCGCACCCAACUGUUGGCAGUGGCGCCGCUGCAGCAGAGCUGGGCGGUACCUCGGCAGCAGCAUCAGCACGGCGACGCGGCGAGCUGCUCUUCCUCACCGUCUCCGCCUGUCAUGUCCGUGGAGCUGCUGAAGCGACGGCCGCUGCCUCCCCGUCUGUGGGCAGCGCUUGCGCCAACUGCUGCAUCCAAGUGCGUGCGGAACCGUCAGCGACCAAAGAUGUGGCACCGUGGCUGCUGCAGUUUCAGCCAGACCGCGUCAUCUGCGCCUUUGCUGUGCAGUCUACCACGACAAGCGUGAUCGCGGCGGCCGGGACGACUGAUGGUCGGGUGUACCUGCUGGGACUUACCUCGCAGCGCCUGGUGCUGCGAGUCAGCGGGCCCGUGGCCGAUGUAAUGUUUGUGCAGACGAAGCGGGCGAAUGAGCGGUCACAGACCCGCAACGCUGUCGUGGAUGCCCUAUUGGACGACGCCAUGGAGGAGGACACGCUCAAGAACGGCAGUUUUUUGAGUCACGCUGACGAGUUUGCGCGGCAUGACGGGAUGGACUGCGCCGCACUGGUGAUUCUCGAUAGCGCCGGUCACCUUCUGGUGCUGCGCGCCGUCAACAGCGGCGCCGCUACCACGCAAAGCGUUGCAGAUAUCCCGCAAGUCAUCACACUUGCGAAUGGGCAGCAGUCUACGUUCACCGCCGUGAACUCGCCAAUGGCAAGCCUCGAGGGCGCGCCCAUUAGCUCAAAAAACUUCCACGAUUUGAGCACCCUGCACCACUUCUUCAGUCGGCGCCACCUUCCACUGUCGCAGCUCCAGCAGCAGCAGCAGCAGCGGAAGAUGGGAUGGAGCGACCCCUCUCCUGCAAACCCGCCACAUGCCUCAAGCAGCCUUGCCACCUCCCCUGUGAAUCAGAGUUUCUCGAACGGCGCGACAGGCGCCGAGGAGACCACCAUAGCGGGCCAUAUCCUGAGUCGUGGCCUGCUCUGUGUGACAUGCGUCUACAACGCGAAAGGUGGUGCAGAGCUUGUCGUGAGCACAAUGGGGCAGGUGGUUGUAUCCGUGCCCUUCAGUCCCACGGACGGGUGCUUCCGCAUUGCCGGCUUCACCAUCACGCCGACCCCGAUGUUCUACGUUGGCUUCGUUGACUUCUUUGCCGACGGCAAUCCAACGGUGGUCAUGGCUGGGCUGAAGAACGUGCUCGUGGCCAGUCGCCCGCAGUCGACCAUCCGUGAUCGCGUGGAGCUGCUGCUGCGCUUGCUCGACAAGAAGGAGCGUGAGCAUCAAAACGCAGAGAGAGGCAGGGUAGACGGAUGA